GCGCCAAGACGCCGGCGGGCAUCCAACAAGCGCUCCAAGACGGGGUGUCGGACAUGUCGGAUUCGCCGGAUCAAAUGCGACGAGACGCCCGGCCGAUGCUUCAACUGCCAGACGUCCGGGUGGCCGUGUGAAGGGGUCGAGCUCCAUCCGCUCCCGGGGAAACACACAGGGGCCCCGGAUCCUCGCUUGUCGCCGUCGGUCGCCGUCGAGUUUCAAUGGACCAUGACCUCGGACGAGAAGCGAUGUCUGUCCUUCUUCCGACAGGUCCUCCUGUCGGAUUGUAUCAGGACCGGGUCCGACCCGACCCUGUGGGAGCAGGUCAUCUUCCCGCUGAGCGCCCGGGAGCCCGCCGUCUACCACGCCGUCCUGGCCUUCAGCGCCGUCAACCACCACAUUCACGAAGCAGGCCGACUGGCCAUUCCAGGUCAGACCCUGCGUGGACCAUGGCAUGGCUUUGCCCUAAUUCACUCCAGUCGAGCCUAUCGUCUGCUUCAGCAGCGCACCGGGUCGCAGGACCCGCAGCUGCCGCCCGUGCUUCUGGUGUGUUGCCUGCUGUUCAUCCUGCGCGAGCUGGCCUGUGCCCGCUACGAUGAUGCCAACGUCCACCUGCAGAGUGGACUCCGCAUCCUCCAUGAGCUACGGCGCGGCGACGGCAGCCCUAGCGAGAUGGACCCGAAGCAAUACCCAAUUCCGCCCGGGCUCCUCGAAGCCUUUCUGUACCUCGACGCCCACUCCGCCUUCCACGGGGUUCAGCAGCCCUUCCUUCCCCUAGACCAACACUUUCACUACCACGCAUCCUUCGAAGCCCGCUUAUCAUCCUCCACGCCUUUCCACUCCGUCCGUCAGGCCCGGCAGACCCUCCACUCCCUCGUCCCCACCGUCUUUCUCCUCCUCGAGCACUGCUGGAGCCUCGCGGACGUCGACCGGCUGUCCGAGUACCCCGUGCUCCAGCCCCAACAAUACCGGCUUCUGUCCUGUCUGAAUCGGUUUGGCGUGCACUGGACGAUGUUCCUCCAGAAGGCCUCUCCGGGGGUGCAAGACCACUGUUCCUCCACCAUGGUCCAACUAAGCCACCGCACCUUCACCCUCGCCAUCAAAACCUGUCUCCACCCGCCCUGUCAUCCUGACCUGCAGCCACUCCAUUCUGAAUACAAGGCCCUGCUAUCUGAGUCUCUGCACGCGUUGGCGACCCUGGACUCCGUUGAUGAGAAAACGGGUCGUCCUCACUGUGUCGCGCGCUUCACCCCCGAUGGCACUCUCUGCGCCGCGCUGUCCUUCCUGGCCCUACGAUGUCCCGACUACGCCAUCCGGGCCCGGGCGAUCCAGGCGCUCCGGGCUGCCCCGCGGGGUGAGGGGUAUUAUAAUGGCGUGCUCGUGGCCGAAUUUGCGACCAGUGGGUUGAAGUUGGAG